AUGGAAGCAGAACAGACGGCCAUUAGACGCCUUUGCGCCCGUAUGGAGGCAAGUAUCGAUCACACGCAGCCGUCAAGCAUCACAGAGGAAACGCUAGAAUACUAUCGAACAACACAGUUCCUCAACUUGAUCUGGGAGCCAGAUGACACCUUAAUCACGUUCGAGGAAAAGAUGAGCGAAAGCUGGUCCAUUGCAAAGGGAGCGUUGGUUGACCGGCUUGCCCUCUGGCACCUCCACUCCCUCAUCCCAGAUAGAUACGAUUCAGCACGUACCAAAAUUAAAGAAGUGGCCACGAUGGAAGAAGGCCUGGAGCAUCUUCGGUGCGAAGCCUUGCUAUCCUGCCAGAUUCUACAAAGAGAUGAGAACCGCAGUGUAAAACAACGAGCUGAAAAACGCAGACGCGGACGAGGCGGUCGAAAGCUCAGAGACAAUAAGGGCAACAAUGGCAAACUUGCAUCGAGGGUAGAGAAACCUGGUGACCAAACGCGCGAAUUCUCUAGUAUCUGCAGCUGGUGCCACGAGAAAGGACAUAGACAGAGAGUCUGCCCCAUCCUCAAGGACGCCGAUAAGAAGGGGAUGGUGCUGUGGAAUCGACAUGGGCAACCUCGUCUUGUUGGCGGUUUCUACCUCGACUUCAACACGCCCAAACACUGUUAG